CAUGGUUCUCCCGAACCAACGGAACGCUCUCGGGCCAAUCACGAUCCCCUUUGAUAGUUUCAAUUUUACUGCUCUUGUGGAACCACUGAAAGGCGUUGCUGCGGACUCCUGAUUUAAAUGGGGAAGCGUAGUCUCUUUUUUUCUAGCUCUUCCUUUUGUCUGCGUUGCGUCGCGCUGCCCCCGUUUGAAGCAUAUUUACACAAACUUGUCGAUGGCAUAGUUUUGUUUCUUAAUGUCGACGCAGCUCAGGCGCAACGGCGUCUUGCGCAAAAAAAAAAAAAAAAAAGCAACACAACAACAACAACGAAAUUUUUUACUAGCAAACAGCCUACCUAGCCGGUAUCACAACUUGUUGAGCUGUUUCAGUCGAAAUUCUGGCGGUAAAUUUGACUAGUUCGCUGCAGCCAUACUCAUGUCACGUUGCAAAACCUCAUCUGGAUGUUUCAGAACAUAUUAGAAAUGUUAAGAAAAAUAUUAAUCUCCAAAAACUUUUUUUACAUUAAUAAAAACAUAUUAACGACCAUGUGACGGAUACAACGUUUAAAUAUAGUUCAGCUGAUAUCCCGUGCUUAGAGUUGCUGCGGAACUGCUUUGACCUACGGUAUUUUUAUUUGCGCGUCGACGCGGUUAUCAAACUGCAACCGUGAUCGCGAACUUUAAUCUCUGUGUCACUCUUAUUCUGCGCGUGCAUUCAAAGGAAACUGUCGGCAAUACUUUGCAGACUGCAAAGCUUGCUAGGAAAGCAGCUUUUAUUCUGGAAAGGCCGGCGUGCUGUGCUACAGGCAUGCAUAAGCGCGCAGUUCUUCGGCAAGCUCGCCUCCUAUCGGAGGCUCCGUUGUCACGUGACUCCAGGCUGCAGGUAGCAGCGCUGAAAGUUCACAACUUCUGUAUUGGAGCAGCUGUUGGUCGUGCCGCAUCAACGAUGGCUGGAAGAACAGUAACUCUUGACAACAUGAACCCUCACCUCAUAACCAUGGAGUAUGCCGUUCGCGGUCCCAUCGUUAUACGAGCAGGAGAAAUCGAAAAGGAGCUCAAAGCAGGCAAGAAGUUCAAUUUCACUGAAGUGAUUCGAGCCAACAUAGGUGAUUGCCACGCAAUGGGUCAAGUGCCAUUGACCUUCUUCCGCCAGGUCAUAGCAGCGUGUGCAAAACCUGAUUUGAUGAAAGGGGACUUGCUUCCAGCUGAUGUAAAGUCAAGAGCUCAACGUAUUCUGGAGGGCUGUGGAGGAAAAAGCGUAGGUGCCUACAGUGAUAGUGCAGGUGUCGAAAUCAUUCGGAAACAUGUCGCCGAGUAUAUAAGUGAGCGUGAUGGCUUGAAUGCAAAAUAUGAAGAUGUGAUUCUAUCAACUGGUGCCAGCGAGUCUGUUCGGUCUGUGCUGAACUUGCUUAAUGUGCAUAAGGAUGGAAAACCAUCUGGAGUCAUGAUUCCAAUCCCCCAGUAUCCCCUCUACUCUGCAACCCUUGCUGAAUAUGGUAUACAUCAGAUAAACUAUUACUUGGAUGAAGAGAAUGACUGGGCAUUGAGCAUCCGAGAACUCGAAAGAUCUCUUACUGAAGCUAAAAAAGUUUGCAAUCCCCGUGGCCUGGUUGUAAUCAAUCCUGGAAACCCUACUGGGGCAGUCUUGACAGAGCAGAAUAUCAAACAAGUAGUUGAGUUCGCUUAUAAGCACAAGCUUUUCCUUAUGGCUGAUGAGGUGUAUCAGCAUAACAUCUAUGCUGAAGGGGCUGCAUUCCACAGUUUUCGCAAGAUAAUGCACAACAUGGGUCCCCCUUAUUCUGACAUGGAACUUGCUUCAUUUAUGUCUGCUUCAAAAGGCUACAUGGGAGAAUGUGGAUUACGUGGUGGCUACGUAGAGGUGAUAAAUCUUGAUCCAGCUGUCAAGAGUGUCCUGUUGAAAUCGGUUUCUGCCAAACUAUGUUCCUCCGUGUUGGGCCAAACUGCCAUGGACUGUGUUGUCAACCCUCCAAAACCUGGUGAACCAUCGUAUGACUUGUUCAUAAAGGAGAAGACAGCUGUCCUGGAUUCUUUGAAGAAGAGGGCAGGACUUGUUGCUGAUACAUUCAACUCAUUUGAAGGGUUUAGCUGCAACAAAGUAGCUGGGGCCAUGUAUGCAUUCCCAAAGUUCACGCUACCCCAAAAAGCCAUUGAGGAGGCAAAGGCUGCAGGCCAGGCACCAGACUUCUUUUAUGUAAUGCAGCUGCUUGAGAACACUGGUGUGUGCGUUGUCCCAGGAAGUGGCUUUGGGCAGAUACCUGGCACUUAUCAUUUUAGGACCACUAUUUUGCCCCCCUUGGAGAAGCUCCAGGUGAUGCUUGCACAUUUGAAGGGCUUCCACCAGAAGUUCAUGGACAAGUAUAAAUGAGUGCUGCAUUCACAAGCGAAGCAUUUCCAGUUGCGCCCUAUUUAUUGAGGCCAAAAAUUACCUAUGCCACGUGCUUUCGCUCGGACUGAGAGACUAGCUAUAAUACCGUGUCUCAUUUUCAAUGUUUAGAUGUCUGGUCACCAAAGGACAAUGAUGGUAUGUGUAAGUAUUCCGCACAUAGGUGCAGUUGCUUUUGGUUCAGCUUUUGUCAUAUGCUUUGAAGUGCCUUUAUAGUAGAUAUAAGGUGCUGACGAGUGUUUUUCUUUUUACUGCUUUUAAGGUGUCUCUCACGUUAUUCUGCUAUAAUAUUAAGCCAUAAUAAGUGAUGUUCACACAUUGUCGACAUGAGAUAGCUGUCUGAUUUUGCAUGUACUCUAGCAAGUUAUGGUAUUUUAACUGUGGAACAGUGCAGCGAUAAAUUGCGACAUUUCCUGUUGGAAAUUAGUGUAUAGUGCCAUACAAGAAUGUUUCCCUUAAAGGGCAGCGUAUAAACUGGUCUAGUUUUGAACUUUAUUAUAACAUGCUUUUGAAAGCAUUCAUUUUUACACUUUUUGUAUAACGUGUAGUCAGUGUAAAUUAGCACAUCAAUGACUUCAGUGCUGAUAUUUAAGUAGCAAUAAACAUGCAACCCUUAGUUUGUGUAUAUUUUCCCUGCAAAAGCCAUCUUCUGUUCUUUUAUAUUUUGUAAUCCCCUACAAUGAUUAUUUCAUACCGGUUUAGACUGUUUGCAUUGUUUAGUCCUACUCCUUUAAAAGAUAGGAAUUGUUACUAUGAUAGUAGAACUCGUCUACUGAAACCCCUGCAGCAUCAAGACAUUUUCAUGCUGUGAAUUUGCUGUUAGACUAUUAUAUACAGUGUUCCCCUGUGCCAUCUACUGGCAUCAAGCCCAGAUAGCUUAAAUUUGUUAAAUUCAUAUAUAUAUAUAUCAGAAGUACCUUCUUGCAACCGUAUGUUUUGUUCAAGCCUUGUAAAAACUUAACUGAAGUUAACCAAUGAACGGGGCUAGUUGGUGGAUAUUCAUAAUAGUAUUGUGCUUAGUGUUACACUGACAGAACGGAUGAACAUAAAAAAAAGAAAACGUGGACAUACGUGGCGCACUGCACCACUUGCAUCCAUGUUCCGUCGGUGCGACACUAAGCGCAGUGCAAUCAUGUAUAUUGUUCUUUUGCUGCACCUGUUUCAUAUAUUGAACACACGGCAUGUCAUCCCCGAGCACAUUUCUGUUGAUGCAGCUGUGAUCGCUACUCAUGCACAGGUGAAGUUGCAUUGGUAAUGCGGCUUCAGACAGGCAGUCUUACCCAUAUGUAACUGAGUAAUGUAACUGAUUAGGCUAGUUGGUGUUGAAGCAUCAUGUGUGAAAGCACUAAGCAAUUUACAGCGAGACAAGAACAUGUAUUUGCGUACAUGUCUCACUGUAAAUUGCUUCUCGCUUUCGCACAAGAUGCUUAGCGGAGAUCACAAAAACAAACCUUGAAGGAUGGAACAUAAAUCUGCAUAUGGCACCUUCAAGCAAUUAACCUUUGCGCAUUAGGAAGUUGCACAUUGUUAGGUGCAAUACCAUGUGCCUGCUCAAGCUGAUGUCUGAAAACCAUACCGCCCAUUGCUGGGCAAGCCAGCUAAUUGGUAGGGUCCUGCUAUAGUCACACGACAUUGUGAGACACAUGAAAGUUUGUUGGCAUGAAAUAUUAUGUUGAAUGAACACUUUUGAAACAUCUUUUAUGGUCUCCUUUGGCUGGCAACACACAGAUUUUAGUAGAUGAUGUUGCUCAUGCCUGUGUAUGUAAUUGUACCAUGCUUGCAUGCAUAGGAAGCCUGCUUUAUUUUAUUUUGUGCAUUCGUUUGCAAUAAGUUAAAUGAGCACAAAAAGAUUCUCGUGCCAUACCUUUUAAAAUGCUGAAUUGACUGGCACACAGAAAUUUAUCAUCGAAUAUAUACUCGAAGUCAAUCUUGGGAGAGGAGAGUACUGCUGCUCGGCAACGUUUGCCGUUAUAGAAUAGCACUCCAGAGUGUUACCUAUUAUAGCAUACUGCUGCAUUUGAAAGAGCAGCAGCUGUACCUGACUGGCCAAGACUUACCUGCCUCAUUCAGAUGCAUGAUAAUUUCAUUUUCAUUAGCAUUUGCAGUGUGGUUAUUAAUGUUGGGAGCUUGUGUAAACAAGACAAAUUAUGUGUGUCUGUGUAUUCCUUCACUCGGGUGCGUAAAUAUGCAAGUGCAUACACCAGUGAACAGUUGUUCAGUCUUUCUAUGUGUGAGGAGCCCCUGCUUCGUUGGUGUUGACAGCAGGCUAUUCAUUUUUCUUUGCCGUGUAGCUUUGACACCCUGUUCAACUUGGUGAGCUGAGUAGUUUUUUUCUCUGUCGUGUGCCUUUAGCCUCGUGAAACAUUAUCUCCACUUGUAUGUGGGCAGUUUGUCUUGGCUGUUGUAACAUUGUAUGUUGUGACCUCCGGUUAAUAGUUCAAAGCAAUAUUGCUAUCUGUGUAUAAAUUGCAUGUUUAGGUAGAUGGACGAGGUUGUUGGGUUUACUUCAUGUACAAUAAAAAGAAUGAUGUGAA